CUGUGUCUUCCGAGCCCAGUGCCAGCUCACCAGGAGCCAGCGGCCACGCCCAUGAUGGCCGUGCCGCUCCCCACCUGGCAGUCCCGGCAGCCGCGCCCGGGUCUCCGCGGCCGGUGCGCUCUGGCGCGUUUGGCUGGGGUGCCGGCAGAGGGCGCGCGAGGGGACGCGGGGACGGGCGGGGGACCCCGCGGGAGGCGGGAUUGGGGGGAGGGCGCUGGGCCGCCCCCUCCCGCCCCCUGCCCGCGCACCAGGAGCUCCAGACCGGGAGGCAAGAGCUGGCGGUGUCCCCUGCGCGCUCCGCCUGCUCGGCGCGCCGCUCCUACCUGUGGAGUCCGGGGGGCGCCCCCUCCCCGACGCCUCUCCUUUCUCCUCCUUCGGAAGCCUCCCGCCCAGCUGCACGCGUCUCGGACAGGCGGCGCUGGGACCCCGGGACAGGGCGCCAGUCUGGCAGCUGGUGACAUGUAGACGUCCUCUCCGCGGUCCAGCCUCGGAACCUGGGCGCCCUCCUGCCCGGAAAGUUUGAGGCUGGGCGCCAUGGCCAAGAGCAGCUCCCUGAACGUCCGCGUGGUGGAGGGCCGGGCGCUGCCCGCCAAGGACGUGUCUGGGAGCAGUGACCCUUACUGCAUAGUGAAAGUGGACGACGAGGUGGUGGCCAGGACAGCAACCGUCUGGCGGAGCUUGAGCCCCUUCUGGGGGGAGGAGUACACCGUGCACCUGCCCCUGGACUUUCACCAGCUGGCCUUCUACGUGCUGGACGAGGAUACGGUGGGGCACGACGACGUCAUCGGCAAGGUGUCGCUGAGCAGGGACGCGAUUGCCGCUGACCCUCGAGGAAUCGAUAGCUGGAUCAACCUGAGCCGCGUGGACCCAGAUGCAGAGGUACAGGGUGAGAUCUGCCUGGCCGUGCAGAUGCUGGAGGAUGCACUGGGCCGUUGUCUUCGCUGUCAUGUGCUCCAGGCCAGGGACCUGGCCCCCCGAGACAUCUCGGGCACGUCUGACCCCUUCGCGCGCGUGUUUUGGGGCAGCCAGAGCGUGGAGACGUCGACCAUCAAGAAGACCCGCUUCCCACGCUGGGACGAGGUGCUGGAGCUGCGGGCGGCACUGGGUGCCCCCUCCCCGCUGCGAGUGGAGCUCUGGGACUGGGACAUGGUGGGCAAGAACGACUUCCUGGGCAUGGUGGAGUUCCCCCCUCAGGUCCUGCAGCAGAAGCCCCCCAAUGGCUGGUUCCGCCUCCGGCCCUUUCCCAGAGCCGAGGAGGAUUCUGGGGGCAGCCUGGGCGCCCUGCGGCUGAAGGUGCGCCUCACGGAGGACCGCGUGCUGCCCUCCCGGUACUACCGGCCGCUCUCGGAGCUGCUUGCCACGGCGGUGCUGGGGCCGGCAGAGGAGGAUGCUGCCAGCCCCCUGGCUGUGCUGGAGGAGCUGACCUCAGGGGACUGCCGCCAGGACCUUGCCACCAGGCUGGUGAAGCUGUUUCUGGGCCAGGGCCUGGCCGGGCCCUUUCUGGACUAUCUCACCCGGCGUGAGGUGGCACGGACCACCGACCCCAACACCCUCUUCCGUUCCAACUCCCUGGCAUCUAAGUCAAUGGAACAGUUCAUGAAGCUCGUGGGCAUGCCCUACCUGCACGAGGUCCUGCAGCCGGUCAUCAGCCGCGUCUUUGAGGAGAAGAAGUACAUGGAGCUGGACCCCUGCAAGAUGGAGCUGGGCCGCACCAGGAGAAUCUCCUUCAAGGGCGCACCCUCAGAGGAGCACGUGCGGGAGGCCAGCCUGGGGCUGCUCACGGGCUACCUGGGGGCCAUCGUGGACGCCAUCGUGGGCUCCGCAGGGCGCUGCCCGGCCGUCAUGCGCCUCGCCUUCAAGCACCUGCACCAGCGCGUGGAGGAGCGCUUCCCGCAGACGGAGCACGAGGACGUGAAGUACCUGGCCAUCAGCGGCUUUCUCUUCCUGCGAUUCUUCGCGCCUGCCAUCCUCACCCCGAAGCUGUUCGACCUCCGGGACCAGCACGCAGACCCCCAGACCAGCCGCUCGUUGCUGCUGCUUGCCAAGGCCGUGCAGAGCAUCGGGAACCUGGGCCAGCAGCUGGGCCAGGGCAAGGAAGUGUGGAUGGCCCCCCUGCACCCCUUCCUGCUGCGGAGCGUCUCUCGUGUGCGGGACUUCCUGGACCGGCUGGUGGAUGUGGACGAGGAGGAGGAGGCUGGGGGACCGGCCAGGGCCCUGGUCCCGCGCUCGGCGACGGUUCGAGAAGGCUACCUGCUGAAGCGCAAGGAGGAGCCGGGCGGCCUGGCCCCGCGCUUUGCCUUCAAGAAGCGCUACUUCCGGCUCAGCGCGGACGCGCUCUCCUACGCCAAGAGCCCCGAGUGGCAGACGCGCUCCUCCAUCCCGGUGUCGCACAUCCGCGCCGUGGAGCGCGUGGACGAGGGCGCCUUCCAGCUGCCGCACGUGAUGCAGGUGGUGACGCAGGACGGCGCGGGGGCGCUGCACACCACCUACCUCCAGUGCAAGAACGUGAACGAGCUCAGCCAAUGGCUGUCGGCCCUGCGCAAGGCCAGCGCCCCCAACCCGGACAAGCUGGCCGCCUGCCACCCGGGGGCCUUCCGCAGCGCGCGCUGGACCUGCUGCCUGCGGGCGGAGCGCUCAGCCGCUGGCUGCAGCCGCACACACGCGGCCGUCACCCUGGGGGACUGGAGGGACCCGCUGGAUCCGGAUGCUGAGACGCAGAUGGUGUAUCGGCAGCUGCUCCUGGGGCGGGACCAGCUCAGGAGGAAAUUCCUGGAGAAUUCUAGCGUGGACACGACUCCGGAGGCUGGCACAGUGAAGGGCUCUGGCUCCUUGGAAGGGGCCUGUCCUGAUGCCCUGGCCCGGCAGAAAGCAGCAGCUGCCCGCCUGCUGGAGGUACUUGCGGACCUGGACCGAGCCCAUGAGGAGUUCCAGCAGCAGGAGGAGGGGACGGUGGCCCCUGGCCCCCUCGGGCCCUGAGGGGAUGCCACAGCCACCUGGCCGGAGGAGAAGGAGCCGCUGGGCUCUUCUCAGUGUACCCUGGUCCGGGAGUGCCCUGUGGCUGUCCUGUACCUCAUUGAUGCUGUGGCUUGGGGGCUUCUGGAGAUAGCCUAGUCCCCUGUGCUCUGAGCCCAGAACCUGAGGCAUGGAAGCCCUUUGGCAGGGGCUCAGCCUUGCACUGAAUGAGUCUCGCUCUCUGGGUUGAGGCUGACUGGAGUGGAUGGGAUAAGGAACCUAACUCAUUGGGUCUCUGCUUCACCGGACUGGCCUCUGCCUGUGAAGCAGUGUGGCACCAGUGAGGCCAGCCUGGCCCUGAGCUGCUGGAUACAGCUGUACCUGAAUCCCUGAUGCCCAUGUGGUCUUGUUGCCCCAGACAAGCACUAAAUGGGCUUAGCCCUCCCUGUUUUCAUGUCUGUCAAUCCCUGUUAACAUCACCGAUCCUCCUGAACCCUGCCCUUGGCCGAGGGUCCUAACCGCAAGCUUCCAGAACCAGGUGCCCUCAAGAAGAACUGAGGCUGGGAGCCCAGUGUGCCAGACUCAGAUCCUUGGAGGCUGGGAGACCUUGGGCCAGGCUCUUUCCCUCUCUUUGAGCCUCAGGUUACCCUGUAUAAAAUGAGGAAGGAGUGAGUUCAGAUGCGUGGGUGUCAAUCUGGGUUCUAUGGAGGUGGCUCUGGAGCCAGGCAGGGGUUUCUCAGACGGGGCUCCAAAGCCCCCUACCCCGGGGCUGUCUGCUAGACACGCAGAUUCCAGGCCACCCCCUCCCGCAGCUCUACUCAAUCAGCACCUGAGGGUGGGGUGGGGGCGGGAAUCAGGGGUUUUAACAAGUUCCUCAGGCCACGUGGAUGCACAUGAGGUUUGAGGAUCCCAGGGCUGGGCGACUUUCUAUAUUCGCGUUUGAGGUGAGACUUCGUUUGAGACUGAAUCACAGAAGGUAAAGUGUUUGGGAACACCCAACUGGCAGAACUGGAAGGGCCACCAAGGCCUCGUUUCCGGCUUUGUGUGACCAGAGGGUGGGACAGAAACUGAACCCGCCUGGCUGGCGACAGGCUGGACCAGGAAAGGCACGUUGCUAUCCCGCGGGUGGCCAGCAGGGGUCGCCUGGAGCCGCAGCGUCCGCCGCAUCCGCCCCGCAUCCUGGGAUGCUGCAGAGGCUCCCACGCGGCCUGUCGCAGAUCCUGGGAUCUGUCCUCCUCUGUCCCUAGACAGAGCCUGGCCCUCCUCCCCGAGGCAGGGGCCGGCCUCUCAGGCCAACGAGCCGAUCAUGGGGUCGCCCAGCUCCUGCAUGUCAUCGGGGGGCUUUCAGCCCGAGUUCAUUCCUCGUAGUAAUUGUGCUAGGGAGCGCCAGCACUUCCGCCCCCGCCCUCUUGGGGAUCAGGAGGGUCUGCCUCCGCCACCAUCACGC